AUGGUGGAGUGGUGUUUACCCCAAGAUAUUGAUUUGGAAGGUGUGGAAUUCAAAUCCAUGGCAAGCGGGUCCCACAAAAUCCAGUCGGAUUUCAUUUAUUUCCGGAAAGGGCUCUGUUUUGGCCUGGCCUGCUUUGCCAACAUGCCUGUAGAGAGUGAGUUAGAGCGUGGUGCCCGCAUGAAGUCCGUGGGGAUUCUGUCCCCUUCCUACACCCUGCUGUAUAGGUACAUGCACUUCCUGGAGAACCAGGUCAGACACCAGUUGGAGAUGCCAGGGCACUACUCCCAUCUAGAGGCAUUCUAUGAUGACAAGAAAGGAGUUCUCCCUGGUAGCAAGGGCACCUCCAACUCUCAGCAACCUGUCCACUGGCUGCCAUCCAUCCACAGAUACAUGUACCCAGAGAUGAAGAUCACACACCCUGCUGGCUGUAUGUCUCAGUUCAUCAAAUUCUUCGGUGAGCAGAUCCUUGUCCUCUGGAAGUUUGCCCUGCUGCGCAAGCGCAUACUGAUAUUUUCACCACCCCCAGUUGGAGUUGUCUGCUAUAGAGUCUACUGCUGCUGUUGCCUUGCCAAUGUUUCUCUGCCUGGUCUUGGAGGAACUGUCCCAGAGUCCAAACCAUUCUUCUAUGUGAAUGUGGCAGACAUAGAAAUGCUGGAGACAGAAGUAUCCUAUGUGGCCUGCACAACAGAAAAGAUCUUUGAGGAGAAACGGGAUCUCUAUGAUGUCUAUGUGGACAACCAGAAUGUGAAGACGCAUCAUGAGCAUCUGCAACCACUCCUGAAAAUUAAUAAUGCUGACAAGGAGAAGUACCGGCGGCUCAAUGACCAGAGGCAGAUGUUAAUGUAUUCUCAGGAAGUGGGUGAUGACUGUAACUCCUGUGAAGAGGACCUUUUCAUCUUGUUUUUCAUGGAGCAGAACAACCGCAUAUUUCAGACGCUGAUGGAGGUGUCGGCCAGCCAGGACAAGACACUGACAGCUGACCACGCACGAGGCAUGGGCCUGGAUCCCCAAGGAGAUCGAAGUUUCCUUUUGGACCUGCUGGAAGUAUAUGGCAUCGAUGUUAUGCUAGUCAUUGACAACCCCUGCUGCACUUAA